GCGCAGCGUCCCGGGGUGGGCGCCGGGGCGGCCGGGCUCCUGCCUUCUCCCGCUGCAGGCGCGCGGUUCCCGGCGGGCCAACGGCGGCCAGCCGAGGCAGAGACGCUCCCCAGGUGGCCUUCGCGCCCUGGUUGCACAGCGACAGCCCCGCUGAUCGGGUUCCUUGGGGAGACUUCGACUUGUUCGAGACCUGAUGGCCAAAAGAAAGGAAGAUAAUUUCUGCUCUCCUGAAAAUGCCAAAAGACCAAGACUAGAGGAGCUGGAGGAACUUGAUCGAGAUGGUGAUGGAGAUUUCACUAAUGGUCCCUCUACCUUGACUGCAGCCGAAGUCGGAAUAAUUGAGAGUAUUCAGCUAAGAAACUUCAUGUGUCAUUCAAUGCUUGGACCCUUUAAAUUUGGCUCUAAUGUCAACUUCAUAGUUGGCAACAAUGGAAGUGGGAAGAGUGCAGUACUCACAGCUCUCAUAGUUGGUCUUGGUGGAAAAGCAGUCGCUACUAAUAGAGGAUCUUCGUUAAAAGGUUUUGUGAAAGAUGGACAGAAUUCAGCAGAUAUCUCAAUAACAUUAAGGAACAGAGGAGAUGAUGCUUAUAGAGCAAAUGUGUACGGUGACUCCAUAGUUGUGCAACAGCACAUUAGCAUGGAUGGAAGUCGAUCUUACAAACUAAAAAGUCACACAGGUACUGUGGUUUCUGCGAAGAAGGAAGAGUUGAUUGCAAUUCUUGAUCAUUUUAACAUACAGGUGGAUAAUCCAGUUUCUGUUUUAACACAAGAGAUGAGCAAGCAGUUUUUACAGUCUAAAAAUGAGGGAGACAAAUACAAAUUUUUCAUGAAAGCAACCCAGCUGGAACAGAUGAAAGAAGAUUAUUCAUACAUUAUGGAAACAAAAGAACGAACAAAGGAACAGAUAAGUCAAGGAGAAGAGCGACUUAUUGAACUGAAGCGCCAGUGUUUAGAGAAAGAAGAACGUUUUGAAAAUAUUGCUGAAUUAAGUACAAUGAAGACUAACUUAGAAUAUUUGAAACAUGAAAUGGCUUGGGCAGUGGUCAAUGAAAUUGAAAAACAAUUGAAUGCUAUCAGAGAUAAUAUCAAAAUUGGAGAAGAUCGUGCUGCUAGACUUCAAAGGAAACUGGAAGAACAGCAGGCUAGACUUAAUGAAGCAGAAAAUAAAUAUAAGGAUAUUCAAGAUAAAUUGGAAAAGAUUAGUCAAGAGACAAAUGCACGAGCCCCAGAAUGUAUGGCUUUGAAAGAAGACCUUACAACCAAGAAAAUGGCCUAUAAUGAAGCUGAGGUUUUAUAUACCCGUUCCCUAAGUGAGUAUAAAGCAUUAAAGAAAGAUGAUGAACAGCUUUGCAAGAGAAUUGAAGAACUAAAAAAAAGUGCUGACCAGUCUUUGGAACCUGAGCGUUUGGAAAGGCAAAAAAAAAUAUCUUGGUUAAAAGAGAGAGGAAAGGCCUUACAGGAUCAAGAAAACUCCAUCAGCCAAGAGAUCGAACAGUUUCAGCAAGCCAUAGAAAAGGAUAAGGAGGAAUAUAUUAGAAUUAAGAAAGAAGAAUCAGAUGUGAAGGAAACACUGAUCUAUAAUCAGAGGCAACUGAAAGAACUGAGAGAUAGUAAAACUGAUCGACUGAAGCGAUUUGGCCCUCACGUGCCAGCUCUCCUUGAAGCAAUAGAUGAUGCUUACAGACGUGGGCAGUUUACCUAUAAACCUGUAGGCCCCUUAGGAUCUUGCAUUCAUCUUCGGGACCCCGAACAUGCUUUGGCUAUUGAAUCUUGCUUAAAGGGACUUAUGCAAGCCUAUUGCUGCCAUAAUCAUUCUGAUGAAAGAGUACUGCAGGCACUGAUGAGAAAGUUUUAUUUACCUGGGACCUCGCGGCCACAGAUCAUAGUUUCUGAGUUUCGGAAUGACAUGUAUGAUGUAAGACACAGAGCUGCUUAUCAUCCAGAUUUCCCAACGGUUCUGACAGCUUUAGAAAUAGAUAAUGCAGUUGUUGCAAAUAGCCUAAUCGACAUGAGAAGCAUAGAAACAAUACUGCUAAUCAAAAAUAAUUCUGUAGCUCGUGCAGUAAUGCAGUCCCAAAAGCCGCCCAAGAAUUGUAGAGAAGCUUUUACUGCUGAUGGUGAUCAAGUAUUUGCAGGACGUUACUAUUCAUCUGAAUAUAAAAGACCUAAAUUCCUAAGCAAGGAUGUGGAUUCUGAAAUAAGCCUUUUGGAGAACGAGGUUGAAAAUAAGAAGGCCCAGAUAUUAAGUCUUCAGCACCAUUUGUCUACCCUUGAAAAGGAUAUUAAACACAAUGAAGAACUUUAUAGAAGGUACCAACUACAUUAUAAAGAGUUAAAGAUGAAAAUAAGAAAAAAUAUUUCUGAAAUUCAGGAACUUGAGAAUAUAGAAGAACACCAGUCUGUAGAUAUUGCAACCUUGGAAGAUGAAGCUGAAGACAAUAAAAACAAAAUGAAAGCAGCUGAGAAAAAUAUGGAACAACAAAAAGAAAAGAUGGAAUAUCUUAAAAGUCUGAAAGUAGAAGCGGAAAGCAAGUAUGAUGCAAUUAAACGGAAGGUUAAUCAGCUAUCAGAGCAAGCAGAUCCACUUAAGGAUGAAUUAAACCUUGCUGAUUCUGAAGUAGAUACCCAAAAACGAGGAAAACAGCAUUAUGAAGAAAAACAAAAAGAACACUUGAAUACUUUAAAUAAAAAGAAACGAGAACUGGAUAUGAAACAAAAAGAACUAGAGGAGAAAAUGUCACAAGCAAGACAAAUCUGCCCAGAGCGAAUAGAAGUAAAAAAGUCUGCAUCAACUCUAGACAAAGAAAUUAAUAGAUUAAGACAAAAGAUACAGGCAGAACAUGCUAGUCAUGGAGAUCGAGAGGAAAUAACAAGGCAGUACCAAGAAGCAAAAGAAGUCUAUCUUGACCUGGACACUAAAGUAAGAACUUUAAAAAGGUUUAUUAAAUUACUGGAAAAAAUAAUGACCCAUAGAUAUCAAACGUACCAACAAUUUAGAAGGUGUUUGACUUUACGAUGUAAAUUGUACUUUGACAACUUAUUAUCUCAGCGGGCCUAUUGUGGAAAAAUGAAUUUUGACCACAAGAAUGAAACUCUUACUAUAUCAGUGCAGCCUGGAGAGGGAAACAGAACCGCCUUCAACGACAUGAGAGCCUUAUCGGGCGGGGAACGCUCUUUUUCCACCGUGUGCUUCAUUCUUUCUCUGUGGUCCAUCGCUGAGUCUCCUUUCAGAUGCCUGGAUGAGUUUGAUGUCUACAUGGACAUGGUCAACCGGAGGAUCGCAAUGGACAUGAUACUCAAGAUGGCAGAUUCCCAGCGUUUCAGGCAGUUUAUCCUGCUUACUCCUCAAAGCAUGAGCUCACUUCCAUCAAGUCGACUGAUCAGAAUCCUUCGAAUGUCUGAUCCUGAACGAGGACAGAUGACACUGCCUUUCCGACCUGUGACUCAAGAGGAAGAAGAAAAUGGAAGCUGACUUGUCCUCCUGUUGAAAGCCUUGUAAAGGGAAAAGAAUCCAGGACUCUUUGAUGUAAUAAAGUGAAACUAAAGAUAUUCUAAAAGAGAUUCCUUGAUAUAGACGACCACAAUAAAAUAUGUAAAUAAGCCUAGCAAAGCAACAACAACCAGCAAUUUAAAGUUACUAUUACUUUACUUUGAGAAAAUCAGUUUCAUAGUACUGGUUUUAAACUUCAGUUUGUUUGUUUCUUUGUUUUAUUUUUAACCAUCUACUUUUAUAGAUUCUUUUUCAGAAGUAAAGUUUUGUACAUAAUAUACAUGUACAUAUUUGUUUUGUUUGGGUUCAUUUCUAUAGAAUUUGUAAGAAUGAAAAUAAACGUUUUGAUCCCCUGAUUAUAUUUAGUUCUGCUUUUCAAGAAUAGGACAUUCUUAUCGUAGAGGUGGGGUGCACAGUCCGUCUGUGGACUGGGACCAGUUUACAGUGGAUUUAUCAGGUUUCUGCUUAUGAACUAUGAGGGACUUACACAGGACUCUGAAAGCUUUGGUCAGAAUCCCUGUACAGGUCAUUCUUAACCCUGGAGAUAUACAACCACAGAUUUGGACUUUACUUUUAAUUACUGUUUCAUCAAAUUUAAGAUGCUCUUUAUGUGACACUUUUACGGAGCACUAAGCAUCACCAGCUCUGACACAGUGUCAUUCUGUCAGCCCUUAACUGUUGUCCACGCAGCUAAGCGCCUACCUGUGUCAGAAAUGGAUUACAACAGAUUCCUGCACCCUGACCUGUCACGUGCUUGCCUGGUUUAAAAUCCCUCAGUGUUCAGUCCAGGAGCGAGCAAGGCCUGGCUGGGCUGAGAGGACACAGGUCAGAGGGGCUACCGACCAG